CCGCCUGGUUCGCUUGCAGCAGAGCCGGAGACGCGGAGUUGAGGUGGUAAGAUCGUUGAGGGAGCCGCGGAGAAAGCACUUUCAGCAUUAUUUUUAUACAGAAACCCAGAAUCAUGAGCAUAACGCCACCAAGCUACCAGCACCGUACUCUCUCUCUACGAGUUGCCUAAUAUAUCAACCCGUUAAACGGAAUCUACUUUUUAAUAUUUUGCUGUUUGUUUCCCCCACUCAUCAAAGAGGAGGGCGGCGGCAUUUCGCUCUGCAUCGCACAGCUGGCGUUCACACGAGUCCUGGGACCCCUUGAACCCGAUCCCUUCCUCUUCUUUUUUUUGUUUUUGUCGUUUUCACCGUUUCCUCCCUUUGCACACCAUCACCGCUCUUUAACACUCCCGCAAAUACACCGGGAGAGAAGUAACUGCCUUUCCACGUCUCCCCGGCGUCUCAGAAGCGGCUGACAUUAUUAUCCAUUAAGGAGUUGAUUUUGUCCUUUGCGCGAUGGGGAAAAGUGGAGUGGGACAGGCGGGAUACUUGGUGCCAACGUGCCCCAUGCCGGGCUUGGUGCUGCUCGUCCUGGCCAGCAUCGGAGCGGCGCAAGUGGACGAUGACUUCCUGGGGUUAGGAGGAUUACCGGAGUCCUUCCCGUCAGAUCCCCCAGAGCCCCUGCCCCACUUCCUGAUGGAGCCGGAGGAGGCCUACAUCGUCAAGAACAAGCCAGUGAACCUAUACUGCAAAGCCACACCCGCCACACAGAUCUACUUCAAGUGCAACAGCGAGUGGGUCCACCAGAAGGACCACACGGUGGAGGAGCGUGUGGACGAGACCUCAGGGCUGGUGGUGCGGGAAGCUAGCAUCGAGAUCUCCCGCCAGCAAGUGGAGGAGCUUUUCGGCCCAGAGGACUACUGGUGCCAGUGUGUGGCCUGGAGCUCGGCCGGGACCACGAAGAGCCGCAAGGCACACGUCCGCAUCGCCUAUCUCAGGAAGACCUUUGACCAGGAGCCACUGGGGAAGGAGGUGUCGCUGGAACAAGAAGUGCUCCUGCAGUGCCGCCCACCUGAGGGGAUCCCGGCCGCUGAGGUGGAGUGGCUGAAGAAUGAGGAGGUCAUCGAUCCGGCGGACGACCGCAAUUUCUACAUCACGAUCGACCACAACCUCAUCAUCAAGCAGGCCCGCCUCUCGGACACAGCCAACUACACCUGCGUGGCUAAAAACAUCGUGGCCAGGCGGCGAAGCACCACCGCCACUGUCAUCGUCUACGUGAACGGAGGCUGGUCCACCUGGACCGAGUGGUCGGCAUGUAACAGCCGCUGUGGUCGGGGAUACCAGAAGCGAACACGCACCUGCACCAACCCAGCACCGCUUAACGGCGGGGCGUUCUGCGAGGGCCAGGGCGUGCAGAAGCUGCCCUGCACCUCCCUGUGCUCAGUGGACGGCAUAUGGACGGAGUGGAGCAAGUGGUCCACCUGCGGCACAGAGUGCACCCACUGGCGGCGAAGGGAGUGCAAUGCCCCCGCUCCCAAAAAUGGGGGCAAGGACUGCGAGGGCAUGGUGCUGCAGUCACAGAACUGCACCGACGGGCUCUGCAUGCAGACUUCAUUUUUUCAGAUGUCUCCCGAGCCGAAACACAAGACUGAUUUGGGAUUUUCAUCCGCGCCCAGCACGGAUGACGUGGCGCUCUACGUGGGCAUCGUCAUCGCCGUCAUCAUGUGCCUGGUCAUCUCUGUCAUCGUGGCACUCUUCGUCUACCGCAAGACCCACCGCGAAUUUGACUCGGACAUUAUCGACACGUCGGCACUCAAUGGCGGCUUCCAGUCUGUCAACAUAAAGACGGCCCGCUCUGCUGACCUGAUGACCGUCCCCCCUGACCUAACCUCUGCAGCGGCAAUGUACCGCGGCCCCGUCUACGCCCUUCACGAUGUGUCCGACAAGAUCCCCAUGACCAACUCACCCCUGCUGGACCCCCUGCCCAACCUGAAGAUCAAGGUGUACAACUCAUCUGGCUUGGUCACACCUCAAGAGGAGCUGGCUGACCUUGGCUCCAAGUUGUCGCCCAAGGUGACACACUCCCUGCUGGACAAUGAGACCUUGAACCUGCGCAACCAAAGCUUGGCUCGCACUUGUGACCCCUCCUGCACCGCCAUUGGGACUUUCAACUCCUUGGGGGGCCAUCUCAUAGUUCCCAACUCAGGGGUGAGCCUGCUGGUGCCAGCAGGGGCCAUUCCUCAAGGUCGUGUCUAUGAGAUGUAUGUGACAGUCCACAGGAAAGACAUUAUGAGGCCUCCACUGGAAGAGGCACAGACCACCCUCGGCCCUGUGGUGAGCUGUGGCCCCCCAGGAGCCCUCCUGACACGACCCGUCAUCAUCACCAUGCACCACUGCGCUGGGGCCCACUGCCAGGACUGGCAGAUUCAGCUGAAGAACCGCUCGCCACAGGGCCAGUGGGAGGACGUGGUCGUGGUCGGCGAGGAGAACUUCACCACACCCUACUACAUCCAGAUGGACGAGGAGGCAUGUCACAUCCUGACAGAGACUCUGGGGACCUACUGCCUUGUGGGCCAAUCUGUCAGCAAGGCGGCCACCAAACAUCUGAAGCUGGCCAUCUUUGGCCCUGUCACCAGCAUGGCCCUGGAGUACCACAUCCGGGUCUACUGCCUGGACGACACGCAGGACACCCUCAAGGAGGUCCUUCAGAUGGAAACGCAGAUGGGAGGGAAGCUGCUUGAUGAACCAAAGACCCUAAACUUCAAGGACAGCACGCACAACCUGCGUCUAUCCAUCCACGACGUCCCGCACGCGCUGUGGAAGAGCAAACUGCUGGCUAAGUAUCAGGAGCUGCCGUUCUCUGAGGUGUGGAGCGGCUCCCACCGCACCCUCCACUGCACCUUCACCCUGGAGCGCUUCUCAGGCAGCACCACUGAGCUGACCUGCAAGCUGUGCGUGCGGCAGGUGGAGGGGGAGGGCCAGAUAUUCCAGCUGAACAGCACCCUAUCAGAGGAUGCCCAGAACAUCGACACAUCACUGAUGGACCCUGCCAGCAACAUCACCACGCUGGUCGGCCCCAGCGCCUUCCGCAUUCCGUUAUCUAUCCGCCAGAAGCUGUGCGGCAGCCUGGAUGCCCCCCAAACCAGGGGCAACGACUGGAGGAUGCUGGCACACAAACUCAACCUGGACAGGUAUCUGAACUACUUUGCCACCACGUCCAGCCCGACCGGAGUGAUCCUGGACCUGUGGGAGGCCCAGCAUUUUCCCGACGGCAACCUGAACCGGCUAGCCGCCGUACUGGAGGAGAUGGGUCGCCACGACAACAUCAUGUCAGCGGCCAGCGAGCACUGACACCAGCGUGCCGGAAAACCUGAUACAGACUCAGAGAACACUAAUGCCAUUUUACUGAUGGGUUUGGGGAAUCUUCUUUAAUUUGUACUUACAAAAAAGAGACCGCAGUAAUUUAAAAAAAGGAGGAUCCCUCUUGUUAGCCUUGGCUGUACGUUCUUCAGUACAGUUUGAAUAUUAAUUUAUAAAGUUUCCUAGGAAACGCUUUAUCCUGCUGUCCAUAUGUAUGUGGAUAAUCUCCGAGUCCUGGCAGGUGAUUGGGUGGUGCGGGGACAGGGGGGUGGAGGCAGAGAUACCUGUGACCCCCCCCCCCACACACACACACACACACAUACACACACCCCCAUUCCUGCCCCCGAAGGUGCAGGCCCAUGAUGGAGAACCAAAUACAACAUUUCCACCUUCCUGUGACAUAAAAUCUGUUACGUCUCACGUUUCUGUCACAGUAAACAUUUAAUAUCCAACACUUUGAUAAAUAUAUGGAUGCGGAUGGUCUGAAUGAAACAUACGCUGUAUAUAACAUGAGGCAGGAGGUGGGCCUGCCUUCAAAGAGGCACACCUAAUAUUCAGACCAUCACUGUCUUCAUACAAUCGGAUCUGGAAAAAAUAAAAUAUAUAUAUAUAUACGUUUAAUGCAAAUUAUUACGCUAGUGUGACUUUUUCUGUUUUAUGGAUUUAAUUUAGACUUUUUUGGUGCCAUGUGGAGGAUAUACAGAUCAGUUACAUCUACGGAAGCAAGUCAUUAUUUUAACCAGUGCAGAAAUAAUUACAAAAAUAUAUGUAUAUAUACAUCUACAUAGAGCAUUGUAAUAUCUGUAAAACUUUUAAUAACGUUUAUUAAUAACCAUUGCCAUUGGUAUUAUAGCGUCUUAUUUUAUAUCUUCUCUCAUUUAAGACAUAAUUCUCAGCUAAAAUAAAACUUAAUUAAAAAAUAAAUGCAAAUAUAUUGUGGUUUUGUUAGGUCCCUCCUUAGUGGAAGCACAAUGGUACGUUUCAGCACCGGUGUGUUUGUGGGGCCACGGUCGGGGGGCCAUUUGAGGGGGUCAAUAACGCUUGGGGGAAAGAUUCAUGGUCCAACAUUAUUUUUCUCUUCUAAUGUAAUUGUCACGCCCCCCUCCCAUAAAGUUCUGCUUCCUCAGGAUGGAGUUGAGAACCACUGCCCUAAGGGACUAUGGCCCGCAGAUAUGCAAAUACAGAUUUACCCCCCCCCCCCCCCAAAAAAAAAGGAAAGAGUAAUCUAAAAGAGACCAGAAACUGUCAGUAUGGGGUUGGACCGUGAGGUCAGUUUCUAUCAAGAAUAUACAAGAAUAUCAGGAUCGCUCCAGCAACAUUUCACUUUAAAGAUGUAUACUGUUUUCUUUUUUUAAAUGAAAGCAUACUGUAAGUAUUUUGUAGCUUUUUGUUUGUUUUUUAAAGCGACACUUGCAGUCUGGGGAAAUGUUAUUUUGGGAAUAUGUGUAUUUUAGUUUGGGGGGGGGGGUCUUUAAUGAAUGCAGAAGUACUUCAGAAUGAGCCCUUUGGAGAUGGGGGCUUUUUGGCAUCGCUGCUGGAGGUAAUUUCAUGUUUGUUUCGUGGCAGUAACACCCAUACUCCCAGUUUAUUAAAUAAUGACAAUUUUGUUUCCUAGUGGAUUACCGCUGCUGUGUUCUGCAUGUGCUCAUUAGCUAUUUUGCUUAACUGGGGCUUAAACUCUUACAUGUUAAAUAAAUGCCUUUAAAUGUGUGUUCCCAUUACAUUUGCAGUUUGUAAGCCUCUAACAAGAGGUGUUAGCAUUAUUUCAACUGGAGUAGGACGAGUUUGAGUUAUCCUAAUGUGCAAUGGCAAAAUGAGAAUACUUUUUUUCUGGCAAAAACUUUGGUAAUAUCACUUUAAAUGUGCUGUAAUGCUGAUGAGUACUAAUUGUAGUGGAGAAAUCGCUAAACUAGCAAAAUGUCACCAAGUAGGCAAAUUUGACCUAUGAUAUGAUAUGAUGAUUCCUUCUUGCUGUGUGCUCUUUCGUUGUGUUGUGAAUCACUGCCACUAGGGGGAGCGCUAUGUGCAUGCCAAUAUACCCACCCCUGCAGGCACACCCUCUGAAGUCAAAAUGCUGUUCCUUGGUUUGAUAUUGUCUACUGGAAACAAAAACAACAAACAAACAAAAAAAAAGCAAAAAACGAGCAUAAGUUCACGCUAUAAAUUUCAGAGGUUCCAUGCUGCAGUCUGAAUAGUCAAGUGUCACACGGGGGUCUGGAGUUUUCUUUGUCGAUUUUGUUUUAUAUUCCGUCCAGUACGCUUUUUGUCCAGAGAAUCAGCAUUUUAUUUUAUUCUUGUGAAAAGAAUGCAUGCAAACCUCAGCGAGAUGGAACAAAAUACUGCAAAGGGAAAGAAAAAAAUAUCGAAAUAUGUUUAGAUAAUGAAAUGUAUGUAAAUGCCUAAUUAUGUACAGAAGUCUGGCUUCAGACGCAUUUCGACGUUCUUUUGCGGUAAAAUCUAACAGCAGAACGCAUAGAUAGUACUUUUUACUUUCUGGCUUUUCCUUUGUACUUUGUUUUGUUUGUAUUAAAUGCUGUCAUUUUCUAAAGCUGUGUCCACUAUGCAAACUUGGGCGACCUUUAUACGUGUACUAAAGAAACACUCCUGCAAUGGAGGCUCUUUUGUUUGUUUUUUUUUUUUUUUAACUUUUCUGAUGAUUGAUAUUAUUCGUAUUGUGAGGAUGUGGUCCACACACGUUUUCUCAGCACGCUUCAUGACUCUGGAACUGAACUUUCCAAAUGCUUGCGGCUAUUCCUGUCCAGUUUCUGUACAAAGUGUAAGAAAGAAUUUUUAAGCGAGUAAUAAAUUAUAUUUAUAAGCAAUUCUGAA